AUCACAAAGCUUAUAGGUGAAGAAAGUUUCGUCCACUCAAACCCUAAAAAUAUAAUAGAACAAAAAGAGAUAGAGAAUGAGAGAAUAAAAGAGAGAAAAAUAAGCAAAAGAUCUCCUCUAUCUUUCCUUCACCGUCUCCUUUAAUUCUCUUUUUUCUCUUGCUUUCUUGGCUCUGGUAUUCUCUUAGUGUGAUUCUCCACCAAAUUUUCUUUCCUAAAGACCCAUCAACCUUUAUAAAAGAAAAAAAAAAGAUCGAAAAAAAAAAACCAUGGUUUUCUCUUCAAUUCCAGUCUAUUUAGAUCCUCCCAACUGGCAGCAGCAACCAAAUCAACAAGGAGGAGUUAGGAAUGAAAACCCCCAGCUUCCACCUCUUCCUCCACCUCCUCAUGUCGGCGGCGGUGGCACUGGCUCGAUUAGACCUGGUUCGAUGGCUGAUCGAGCCAGGUUAGCAAAGAUACCACAGCCAGAGGUAGCCCUAAAAUGCCCAAGGUGUGAAUCCACCAAUACCAAGUUUUGCUAUUUUAAUAAUUAUAGCCUCUCUCAACCCCGCCACUUCUGCAAAACAUGUCGGCGAUACUGGACUAGAGGUGGUGCCCUUAGAAAUGUUCCAGUUGGAGGUGGAUGCCGGAGAAACAAGAAAAGCAAAAGCCAAAGUAGCUCAAAAUCCCCAGUUUCCAGUGAAGGGAAAAUGGAUUCAAAUUCAAGCUCAACAAAUGCUGUUCCUUCAGAGAUUAUUGGUCAUUUGUCUCCACAACCAAGUCAAUUACCUUUCAUGACCUCUUUGCAUAACCUUACUCAAUUUGGUAUUGGAAAUCUUGGGCUAAGCUUUGGAGGAAUUCAGGGACACAUGGGAGCAGCUAGUGGUAGUAGUGGACAGACUGAUAUGGGAUUCCAGAUGGGAAGCAAUUCAGGCAUGAGUACUGCCAUUUUACCAACUGGAGGAGUGCAACAAUUCCCUUUCUUUGAGCCACCACCCACUGGCUUAUACCCAUUUCAAAGUGAAGGUGUUGAAGCAUCAACUUCCAUGGUAGGGGAUAUCCAGCUCCGAUCAUUGACUUCUCGCUCUAGGGUUUCUCAGUUGGCUCCAGUGAAGAUGGAAGAUAACCAAGGGUUGAAUUUAUCCAAACCAUUUCUGGGUAUUUCGGAGAGCAAUCAGUACUGGAAUGGAAAUAACUGGACAGAUUUAUCAGGUCUCAACUCUUCUUCCUCUAGCCAUCUCUUUUAACAUUGAUCUUUCCUGUUUGAAAGAAGAAAACGAAUCUCCGCAUGAUGCUUGAGACUACUAUGUAGCACUUAUUAAUUAGCGAUAAUUGACCCAAAAAUUAAGUUGCAUGCAAGUUUCCAUCUCUUCAAAAAUGGUCGCACGAGAUCAAUGGAACCUCCACUACUCGAUCACGAUCCAUGGAGAUCGAAGCAAGAAAUGGUAGAAUGUCUAUUUCAAAUUUAUUUGUUUUUGUUUCCUCGUUUGUUUGAGUUGUGCUUUUGGUAUGUAUGUUAUGGCUUGUUUGAGAGUGUGUGUGUGUGUGAGAGAGAGAAAGAGAGGUGUCAAUGGUGUUUUAUUAUAUCUGACAUAAUGAGCUAUAUCAUAUAACUUAUAUUUGUGUU